CGCAAAACACCACGAAAUCAAAAUUUCUCCAUCUUUCGGCACACAAUCCAAGCUUCUGCACAACCAUCGCUCUGUUUUCUAGUGAAGAUUCGUAGCCGAACACAUCAAGAACAGAUAUCAUGUCUCUCUACCAAAUCGCUUAUGUCCUCGCCCUGCUGACCUCCGGCGGAGGAAUCACGGGCUACGUCCGCGCCGGCAGCAAAGCGUCUUUGAUCGCAGGUUGCAGCGUCGGCGCAUUGUACGCACUAGGCGCCUACAGGAUCCAAAACAAGCAGACCUACGGUGUGGAACUAGCGCUCUUGGCCAGUAUCAUUUUGGCGGGAAGUUCGAUUCCGCGCGCGAUCAAGUCGAAGAAGCCGCUUCCGACGGGAUUGUCGGUGUUGGCGGUGGUGGGAUUGUGGAAUUUUGGCGUGGCUGUUAUGAACGCGAGGGUUUGAGAUGGUGGUACUGCGAAAUGACAGGGAAAAUCUAUGGUUCGGUGAAUAUCACUGACGUCCAAGAAAUUGAUUUCUGAUUCCAUAUUUCGAGU